AUGGACAGCGCCCGCGGACCGACUCGGGGACGCUUGGACGCCGCUGGCUUCUGGCACGUCUGGCAGCGCUUUGAUGCGGAUGAAAAAGGUUACAUAGAAGAGAAGGAACUUGAUGCCUUCUUUUACCACAUGUUGAUGAAAUUGGGUACUGAUGAUGCAGUCAUGAAAGAAAAUGUGCACAAGAUGAAACAGCAAUUUAUCACUACCCAGGAUGUCUCUGAAGAUGGUCGCAUACAGAUGAAGGAGCUUGCUGGUAUGUUUUUGUCUGCGGAUGAAAACUUUCUUCUGCUCUUUCGCCGGGAAACGCCCUUGGACAGCAGCGUGGAGUUUAUGCGGAUUUGGCGUAAAUAUGAUGCUGACAGCAGUGGCUUUAUAUCAGCUGCCGAGCUUCGUAACUUCCUCCGAGACCUUUUCCUCCACCACAAAAAGGCCAUUUCUGAGGCUAAACUGGAAGAAUACACUGGCACCAUGAUGAAGAUCUUUGACAAAAAUAAAGAUGGUCGGUUGGAUCUUAAUGACUUGGCAAGGAUUCUGGCUCUUCAGGAAAACUUCCUUCUCCAAUUUAAAAUGGAUGCUUGUUCAACUGAAGAAAGGAAGAGAGAUUUUGAGAAAAUCUUUGCCCACUAUGAUGUUAGUAAAACUGGAGCCCUAGAAGGCCCAGAAGUGGAUGGGUUUGUCAAAGACAUGAUGGAGCUUGUCCAGCCCAGCAUCAGCGGGGUGGACCUUGAUAAGUUCCGGGAAAUUCUCUUACGUCACUGCGAUGUGAACAAGGAUGGAAAAAUCCAGAAGUCAGAGCUGGCUUUGUGUCUUGGGCUGAAAAUCAACCCAUAA